CAUUAUUUCAUAUUAAUUCUACAGAAUCUGGUGUGAAUUUUAUACUUAGAGCACAUCUCAAAUUGGAUUAGCCACAUUUCAAGUGCUCAGUAGACACAUGUAGCUAACAGCUACCUUUUUGAGCAGCCAUGUAGCUAUAGAAUUGCCAUGUAAUGUUUAUGAUACCUUUCUACCCUGAGAGUCUGAUUCUAUGGAGUAAAUUUAAAACUCCUCAUCCUGUAGUGCUGUGAUAUUCAAAUUGAGAAGUUCCUAUGCAGGAAGAGAGUUCCAAGAAGUCUCUUCCUGUUAGUGUUGACUGUGUUAACAUUGAGCUCCAUGCUUGUUUUGUCUGCACUGGUGCCCUGUGUUUGUUUAGUGAGAAUCAUAAGAUGAAUAGAGUGCUCAGUCAUUUCCUGAGGUGUCAUUGUUACAGUUAUUUACAUUUGCGUGUCAACAGUGUGUCAAAGCAUUGUGUGAGUCUUUGUCUACAAAAUCUUUCCGCCUUACAUAGGGAGAACUUGACCUACAAACAAGAAGAUUGAACUUUAUUGUGAACAGUGAAACAACCCAAAAGAAGAGGAAAAUCGAAGAUCACGGAGAAUCCACAGAGGUUAGAAAAUGAAGUAGCUUUUUUUCUCUUUGUCCUUGUAGACAUGGAAGGACUUUAGUGAAACAUUAAACGGUUUGACAAAGGAUGCUCUAAUGGAUGACAGUGAUACUCCUACAUACAAUCUGCAAAUUGAACCACAAGAUGGGUGUCAUCCUGGUGGUGACAGUGUGGAAAGGAGUGUAACACACCUGCCUUCUGCAUCAGAUGAAAAUGAAAAUCAACUUGAUGGGGAAGGGCCUGAGCGUCUGACCAGCAGAGACAGCGGAAUGGGAAAACCCAAAGUGUGUGAGCAGGACAGUCUUAACAAUAAUGAAAGCUGCACGUCAAGCUGUGAGGUAGCUGCAAGUGAGAACUCAGAAAACACUCCUUGUGAAGACCCCAAAGAUGGACAGGCUUUCUUGGGAACGGACAAAAUAAUACCUGGAAAAAGAAGUCCAAGAAGCAAAAAAGGCAUUACUAAGAAGAUACCACCAGGACUUUCUUCAGGAGAUAGUACACCUUUAAUGCAAGAAAAAAUACUAAGUGCAGCCACACGUGGUGGUGGUGAUGAAGAUGCUGAAGUCAAUGCUAAUGAUCAACCAGAUGCUCCAAAGCUAGUUCUACAAUCUUUGUUUUCACUUAUACGAGGUGAAGUUGAGCAGUUGGAUUCAAGAGCACUUCCCCUUUGCCUUCAUCAGAUAGCAGAGUCCUAUUUCCAGGAAGAGGACUAUGAGAAAGCAAUGAAAUUCAUUCAGCUUGAACGAUUGUAUCAUGAGCAAUUGCUCGCAAAUCUUUCUGCCAUUCAAGAACAGUGGGAAACAAAAUGGAAAACUGUACAACCACAUCCGGUUAUGUCUCUAAGGAAUUCAGAAAAAGGAUUUAAUGGUGAAGAUUUUGAACGGCUUACUAAAAUUUGUACAACACAUCAAGAUCCUCAUUUAUACAAGCAUAAGAUAGCAGCUGUAGAAAAGUCCCUGGGAAGGAAAUGCUUUAUGCAGUUAAUAGUGUCUGAAGAUUCAAAGGAAAGAGGAGCUACAGCCAAAGAGUCAGAGAGCAAAACUUGUCUUGGAAUGGAACCAAGUAAAGAAAGCCAACAUAAAGAAGAGCCCCCAGGGAGCAGUCCCUGCUGUAAUCAGAUGGACAGGCAGGCAGAUUCCCCAGUCUUUCUGGUAACUGCAGGAAAGCACCACACGGAGGAGCCGCUCGGCAGCACUGAAGCCACACUGGAGCUCCACACCCAGUCCUCAGAGACGGCCGGGAACAGGUCUGGGCCAGACUCUUCCGAGAAUGCUUGUGAGGAUGACAGCCACUUGCAGCGGGCUCAAACAGAGGCCUACCGGGAUGUAGCCAAAAUAGAGGGCAUUGCUGAAGACCCUAAGAUAUUACCCUCCAGUGAGUCAGUGACAGAACCAUUGAUUUUACCAGGCUGUGGCCAUAUAUCUCCUGCGUUGAUUUCUGAGGGUAAAAAUUCACAGCCUCAAAGAAAAGAACUCAGGUUGCCACUUCGGGAUGCUUCUGAGGCGUUGCCCACAGACCAACUUAAGAACAAUGAAGUAAAUGAGCUGCAGCAACCUGAACUUACGGACAGUGAUGGAAAAUCACCACAGGGCCAGGCUGACUCAGAGGCUUCUGAGAAUGUACAUUGUGAAAAGAAUAAAAUAUCUGACUUAAGUACACUUCUUCCAGAGGUGUAUAUGGCCCCAGAGGAAAAGGGAGAUAAGGAUGACCAACUCAAUAAAGAAACAGAAGACUACUUGAACAGCCUUUUAGAAGGAUGCUUAGAAGAUUCUGAAGAUUCCCUUUUGUAUGAAGAAAACCAAGAGGAAGACUCUGAUCUCCUUCAAGAUCUUUCUCCUGAAGAAGCAUCCUACAGUCUACAGGAGAAUCUGCCUUCUGAUGAUAGCUCUCUUUCUCUUGAUGAUCUUGCCAAAAGGAUAGAGAUUGCAGAGGUUGUUCCUGCUGAAGGGUUGGUCUCUAUAUUAAAGAAGAGGAAUGAUACUGUAGGAGAUCAUCCUGCCCAAAUGCAGCAGAAACCAUCUAAGCGAAGAGUGAGAUUCCAAGAAAUAGACGAUAACUUGGAUCAAGAUGAAGUUGGAGGUGGCUCCUGUAUUUUACUGAUCUUGCUGUGCAUAGCAACGGUUUUCCUUAGUGUUGGAGGAACUGCAUUAUACUGCACUUUUGGUGACAUGGAGUCACCUGUUUGUACAGACUUUGCAGACAACAUGGACUUCUAUUACACUAAGUUGCUGCAGGGAAUGGCAGAACUUAAACACUGGAUCUACCUCUCCUAGCAGCAUUCAAGAGAGACAGGCAUGCUGGCAGUGUGAAUGAAAGAUGUGAAACUUUCUAAACAUUUUAUUUCAGGAGUUCUGUAACAUUCCCCCCUUCCCCCAGUUAUGAACCAAGGACAUCAGCAACCGCAACUUUAAAUGGCUAUCCAGAGGAACUCUGUUAGAAUAAUCCAUUUAGUGAGGCAAAUACUGAUCUCAAGCAUUGUGGAUGGAAAGAAUCAUCUUUGGAGAGCCUAUGUGUCUCCUCCUCUCUGCCUCCUAGUAUAAUAAGGUAUGCUGAGCAGAAUUAAACAAGGUAGUCUUGGAACUACACUAUGUUUAGCUACCUUGUCAAGCCAGUGGUUAAAGGACACUUUUGGUUUACAUUUGUUUGUCCAUAGACGUUGCUUCCAGCCAUCACGCAAUAUGUUUGUAUAUAAUCAAAAGGAGUUACUUUAAUGGUUUCAAUGUCAUUUUUUAGUUAAGCUUGGAAGCUAUGUAAUUUAGGCUUUGUGCAUUAUUUCCAGAUUCUUUCUCCAUUUUUGAAAUGGUUGUGGUGUGAGUGUGUGUAUGUGUGUUUCAGGCAGUUAUGAUAAGCAAAUAUCCAACAUAGAGUAACAAAGAUUAUUUUUAUUCUUUUAACUUGACUAUGAUGUGCAGGCACAAAUCUUUGAAGAAGGCUUAACUGUGGAAUAGAUGAAUUAUAGAAAUCUUGACCCUGAAAUGAGAAACUGUGACUGAUCUGUGGCAAUUAACUUGAUUAACCAACCAAAAAUUAAUCACAGGCCUGGAGGCAAAAUGAAAGAGCCUCCUGAGUCUCCGGCAACAGUUUUGUCAUGGAUUCAAUGCUUCCUGAAAUGAUGAAUGUUGGACUCAACUCAAUUCAGCCCUUACUGAGCACCUAUUAUGUUCUGAGAAUAUAAGAAUAAGAAUACAAACAUAAAUAAGUUAUAGUUCCUGCUAUAGAUAUUUUAAUUUGAUCUUAUAUAAAAUGAACCAAACUACUUUGGCAAGUGAAAUCAUCAUAUAUAAUUGAGUAUUAACAGAUCAUGCAUUCAUAUAUUUGAACAUUCAUUCAUAUCAUGUGCUUGAUUUAGACCCAAUUGUGGGGUCAUUAAGCAAAAAUUCAAUCAUACCUUCAAUAGGCAGAUGUCUAAUUUUUGUUUAAAUCAAUUGUUUAGGUGGCCUUUCCUUAUCUAAAGUACAGUGGUCUAACAUUUAGGAAGCCUUGCUUUGACUUUUUAUCAGGCAGCAUUUUAAAAGGGCAAACAUGAAUUAUAGUUUUUUAAUAAAUAACUAUUAUGUCAUCUUUUUCUUUAGCAUCAUUUGAAAGAAAAAGGGAGAAAUUACUUUCUAGUUGUUACUGGCUGGUACAGUACCUCCCUUUGUGUUUCUGCUUAUUUAUUUAGAUGACAUGAAUUUUAAAGGGCUUUUUAUAUAAGUUGAAAGUGUGUUGCUGAGCAUGCAUUUGGUUAUCCCAAGGCUAGAUAUUUAAUUACUAUGUAUUUAGUGUUUUGAUUUUGUAUAUUUCAGUUCAGUGUGUUUUUAGACUUGUUUAUUUUUAAACAGAUGUUUCAUUUUCACUUGUAAUACUAUUUGAUUUGUCUCUAUCAUGUCCCCAUAAACUAAUAUUUUCAAGAGUUAUAGAUCAAAGAUAUUUAUUUAGAAUUGUACAAGAUACUGAGAUUUAGAUUCCUUAUACUUAAGGCUGAUUUUAUUAGAAGAUUAUUUUAAUGUUCUAUAAAUUUUAAGACUUUGUAUUCAAAUUGUAUGUAAAAUAUGUAAAAUGUUGACAGUACUAUCUUAAGUGGUUCUAUAAAGCUGUUCACGAGGUCUACCAUGAGGGUCACCCUCAUCAUAGGCAAACCUCUUCUGUUUUAUCCUCAAUUUCUAGUUACAGGAAUUUUGUGAUGCUUAUUUCUGCCGAUUUUAUGUCAAAAUAAGUUAAAAUUGCCCUGUUGUUCACCUCUUUUACAUCACUCUCAGAGUCCUGUAUAAUCUCUGGUGUAAUAUUUGCCUAUAGGCAACCCAGGCCACUUUUCCUGAAACCCGAGACCUCCUGGAGACCUUCACACUGAGAUGAAGGAAUCAGAACAACACCUUGCUAAUCAGGGGCCCAGUUGUGUCUCAGAAGAGCCAUGUGUGUCCUCACCACUUCCCACAGUGGGUGAGGUGAGCUCAGGAGCACAUUGAUAUCUUGACUUAAAAUAGGCAUGAAAUGUCAACUAGAAAAAUUAGGAAAACUUUGAAAAAUGUAAUAGUCAUUUAUUGCAUGAAUUGGAGUUAUUACACCUGGUGGGGAAAGGAUUGUUAUCUCACACAUAAAAAAUUCAUCCAGUUUUACAAAAAUGUAAUUUCUUCUGUCACUUGAAAGUCCUGACAACUAUUUGUAACUAAUCUUCCUUAAGGACUGUAUUUGAGGAUAUCAAAUCGAGCUUGUAAUUUAAAAUCUAUACCAACAAA